UUCGAGAGGAACUUUUGGCAACACAACAAGGUUCUCCUAACGUCAGGCUCUCAGUCGUCUACUUUUGUUAUCUGUGAGAAAUUUUCAGAUAUGGCGUUCAUCAGUUUGGUCGCGUCUCUGUCGCUGCUGGUCGUCGCAGAAGUGAGUCACGGCCUUCCAGCCGCCGUCACGGCCCCUCCUCAGGUGGCCGCUCAGUGCCCUUACACCCCGGGGCCUAUCCCUCUGCUGCUGCCCAACCCCGUCGACUGCGGUUCCUUCUACAUGUGCAGCUGGUAUGGGACGGCCCUGUUACAGCACUGUCCUCCUGUGCUGCACUUCAGUGCAAAACUGCAGGUGUGUGACUCUCCUGCUCACGCCAACUGUGUCCAGAGAACCACAGCUCCUCCUGUCUCCACUGCUGCCCCAGUCUCCAAUGUGACAUCAACAGUUGCUGUCUCCAACGUAACUACAGUUGUCCCAACCUCCAAUAUAACUGCAACUGCUCCAAUCAGCAAUGUAACCACACAUGUUCCUAUUGCCAAUGCGACCACAGCUUCUCCUUUGUGACCGCAGCGUUUCCAAACUCCAGUGUAACCGUAGCUGCAUCUAGUUGUUCUAGUCUCCUAUAUCUCCAGGUGCUCUACUAUCCAGAGUUAUUCAAGAGGACGAUAAUAAUUGCUAUUAAGACGUUUCCUCAAGUAUUGUGUAUUUAUUUUGAAAUAAACUUUUUAAACACAAUCUUUA